UCUAGUGCUACAUCCACUACGAUUUGUGGGUUUCAUAUGUAUUACUCAUUAAAAACGUUUUUAGUUGAUUGGUUUUACUAUAAAUUUUGAAGUUGAGAAGUGUUUAUGCAUUGCAAUAUUGAAGAAAUGAAGUGCAUCUGCUUUUUGGUGUUUCUUGCUAUUUUUGGCAUUGCUGAGCUCAAUGUAGCAGAAGGAGCUGGUGAAUGUGGGAGAUCAUCCCCUGACAGUGAAGCCUGGAAGUUGGCUCCUUGUGCAAUGGCAGCACAAGAUUUGAAUGCUCAAGUGUGUGACAGUUGCUGCCAACAGGUGAGGAAAAUAGGCCAGAAUCCAAGAUGUCUCUGUGCUGUUAUGCUUUCUAACACAGCUAAGAGUUCUGGAAUCAAGCCAGAAGUUGCUGUGACCAUUCCUAAACGCUGCAACAUUGCAGAUCGUCCCAUGGGUUACAAAUGUGGAGAUUACACUCUGCCUUGAGCAUGAAGGCACAAAUCAUGGUUCCUGGUGAUGUAUUUGAAUGAUACAUAAAAGAUUGUGUUCAGUAAUCUUUCGAUAACUUCAAGUAUUUUCUUACUGCUCAAAGCUCAAAAACCUCUCCUCAAUAAAUGGAAUUCUUGAAACCCAUAUCUUGCAUGAUUCCUAUAAAAUAAACCAGAAUAUGGAAACCAGAAAUUGAAUCCAGUCACCGAA